AUGCCCUUUACUACCUGCAUCACCGAAACUAGGGUUUCGGAUCCUGGAAAGAUCAAGGUAACGCCUUACGACGGAACGACCAAUCCCAGGGCACACCUGCAAGCUUUCCAGAUCGCAAUGGAGAUAGCCAAAUUCAGAGAAAGCGAAAGAGAUGCCGGCGAAUGCCGCCUUUUCAUCAAAAAUCUCCAAGGAGCAGCGCUCGAAUGGUUCUCUCGCCUGAAGGGGAAUUCCAUUGGAAGCUUUCGCAAACUCGCCUCGAAGUUUCUCAAGCAGUACUCUAUGUUCAUAGACCGAGAAACCUCUGAUGUCGAUCUCUGGAGCAUGUCCCAAGGAGAGGACGAACCUCUCCGCGACUUCAUAAAACGGUUUAGGAUUGUCAUGGCUAGAGUCAGUGGAAUAAGCGACAAAGUGGCAGUAGACGCACUCUGUAAAACGCUCUGGUACAAGUCAAAGUUCAGGAAGUGGAUAACCUUUGAUAAGCCGCGUAUGAUUCAAGACGCGCUCCAUAAGGCCACAGACUAUAUAACCAUCGAAGAAGAGACAAAAAUCUUAUUGUCGGAUCAAAAACCUAAAAGGAGAAACCCUCGUAACGACAAAAACGUCCAUCAUGGGGAAGAGGAGACCCAGGGGGCGCAUAACUACGCCAUCAAUUCCGGACCAGAGCAAGGCCGGACGACGGGAAAUACAUUGACUCGGAAUCCGAAUUACGACGAGAACGCCUUCUGCGACUUUCAUCAGACCCGCAGUCGUUCGACCGUAAACUGUAAGGUUCUCGGUGCCAGGUUGGCCACAAAGCUGCUCGCAGGAGAACUCUCCGAAGUAUCUAGCGUAAAAGAUCUCGUCCGCUACUCAGACCGCCCUCCGAGAAACAAUAAAGCCCCUCAAACGGAGAACUCUCUCCAAGGGAACCAAUCAGGAGAAAAGCGCGGGAGAAGGCAGGAUGAGAAGGGCAAUGACAAUAGUCGCUGCAGAGUCAAUAUGAUCAUCGGAGGAUCGCAGUUCUGCAGUGAUACAAUCUCCGCCAUCAAAGCUUAUGAGCGCAAGGCUGAGACAAGCGCAAAUUCGCUAACCGGGAGCGCUCCUAGCGAUUUCCCGCGACGAAGAAGAGGCCGACGGGAUCGAUCAGCCCCACUCCGACCCGCUCGUGAUCGAUCCCGUGAUAAGAUAUCUCGAGGUCGCGAGAGUUCUCAUCGACACGGGUAG